AUGGCGAAUCUAGUGCCUGGUGUAUUGCUCAAGCUUCUCCAGCACAUGAACACCGACGUCAAAAUCGCCGGAGAACACAGGUCCUCUCUCUUACAAGUCGUCAGUAUCGUCCCCGCGCUAGCCGGAGGAGAGCUUUUCCCUAACCAGGGCUUUUACCUCAAAGUCUCUGAUUCCUCUCACGCCACUUACGUCUCUUUACCUGAUGAGCACGAUGAUCUGAUUCUCAGCGAUAAGAUCCAAUUAGGUCAGUUUAUUCAUGUCGAUAGAGUCGAAUCCUCUUCUCCUGUCCCGAUUCUCCGUGGUGUUAGGCCUAUUCCCGGUAGGCAUCCUUGCGUUGGUAGUCCUGAAGAUAUUGUAGCUACUCACUCUCUAGGGUUCCUCAGUGAUGGCAAGGUCAGUGAUAAUGGCGGCGCUGUGAAUAAUUCCAAUGGUUCGAAACCGAAAGAGAGAGCUAAGGCAACUUCCAAAGGAGCUAAUGGGAGUGCAAGUGAGGGUGAGAGAUCAUUAGGAAAUAGACCGAGUGUUAGCAUUUCUAGAGAUGAAUCUUCCGAUUGUAAAAAGCCGUCUGCUCUGUUGCGAGCGAAGUCUGCUAAAUCGGGUUUGCUUUUGGAUGUGAGGAAGGAAUCACUGGGGAAGGUCAAGACUUCUUCUGGUUCAAAGUCUAUCCCUUCUUCACCCACGAGCUGUUAUUCGCUUCCUAAUUCUUUUGCGAAAUUCGCAAAUGGGAUUAAGCAGCAACAGCAGGUGAAGCCAAAGGUGCUAUUGGAGAAAGGUUCUCCUAGAAUGGGCUUGUCAGAGAAAGGGAGGUCUCUUCUCAAAGCGGAGACUCCGAAUGCCGCUGGGAAAAAGCAUCCCAUGAUGAAGAACUUCGUUCAGGGGAUUGAGUUUGGAGCUAAGGCGUUGAGGAAAAGCUGGGAAGGGAAUUUAGAUAUCAGGAGUUCCGAUAGCUCAAAACUUAAGCUUACCAAACGUAGUUCAACCCCUGAUGCCCGGAGUUUAACAGCUCCGCGGAAAAGCACAUCAAGUGAGAAGUUGCCAAGCAAACAGGAGAGAGCAAAUGUAUUUGCAAGAUCAUCAAAGGAGCUCAAUAAGAUUCAGUCAACCAAGAAAGUGGAGACAACCGGAAUAUUGGACACCAAAGAUAAAGCGAGUAAGCCUAAAUCUACAUCUGCCGAGAAGAAAUCUACAUCUGCAGAGAAUGGAUUACCUGGGAAUUUGGUCAAAGUCCCUGUUAAUGGCAAAAGAUUAGCAGCUGCCAGUAUCCAAUGGGGUUCACUCCCUUCAUCUCUUUCGAGGCUUGGACAGGAAGUCUUGAGGCAUAGAGAUGCUGCUCAAGUUGUCGCAAUAGAGGCCAUGCAAGAAGCCUCUGCUUCUGAGAGCUUACUUCAGUGCCUCAUUAUGUACAACGAUCUUAUGUCAACGGCGAAGGAAGAUGAUCCAUUACCAGUCGUAGAGCAGUUCUUGAAGCUCCACUCCGGUUUGAAGAACGUUCAAAUUAUAACAGAGUCAUUGUCUAGAUUAAUUUCUUCGACAUCUUCCCCAGAAAAUGAAGAAAACAGAACUGAGGAAGCUGUAAAAGCGGCAUCAGAAAAGCAGAAAUUAGCAGCCUCGUGGGUCCAAGCUGCGUUAGUCACUAACUUAUCAGCCUUCUCUGUUUACUCAAGCAAACCAGCCAAAUCUGCCUCAUCCAGGAGCAAACCGGUGAUCAUACUCGAGACCCCGGGUAGUAACUCCACCGGUAAACCCCGUGGGAAUGUCCAAAACCGGCCAACGAUUGGAUCAAAGCUCGUAGCACAAGGCAUGAUCCGUAAACACAGAGAGAACAGUAGCAGCCAAAAGGCCACAACAGUAACAGGAUCAGAGUCUCCACCGUUAAACUGGGUGAAAGGGAAUGGUUUAAACGAAGCGACUGAUCUGGCGGAGAAGUUAACAACGGUUUCUCAAGAUUGGUUUUUGGGCUUCGUAGAGAGAUUCUUGGACGCUGACGUGGUGGAGACAUCUUCGAAUCUGAAUCUGUCUGAUAAUGGGCAGAUCGCAGGGAUGCUGUCUCAGCUGAAGAGUGUGAAUGAUUGGUUAGACGAGAUUGGGUCGAAAGAGGAUGGAGAAGGAUUACAAGAAGUCUCCAAAGAAACAAUUGAUCGGUUACGGAAGAAGAUCUACGAGUAUCUUCUCACACAUGUGGAGUCGGCAGCUGCAGCACUUGGUGGUGGUGGCUCCGUCUCUUCUCCUAGACCAAAACCAAUCGAAACCAAAGCAAAGAGAUAA